CCUUAUCCAGAACCAGCCAACCUUCAGGCUACGCUGGAUUAAAAAAUGUGUUCUUUUAUACAAGAAGCAAGAAGCAAUCAAGGUUGUGUAGUGAACAAGUUGAGAGCAAGAUACCAAUUGCUAGUUAUCCAUAUAUGGCAAAAUCAGCACAACCUUUUGGAGCCGAGCCUAUAAAAGGGGAGCCACCCGGCCAGCAGUAACAAACAAACCAGAGCAACCACCUUCCGGUUCCAGAUAAUCUCAUAUAAGCACAGUCAGAUAGCGAAAUCACCAGCGAGCGAUCAUCAGGAAUAGAUGGAGCAGGUGACGAAGCUGGCGUCUGAGCGGGCGGUAGUGGUGUUCACGUCGAGCAGAUGCUGCAUCUGCCACUCCGUGACGUCCCUUCUCAGCGGCCUCGGCGUCCACGCAGCGGUGUACGAGCUGGACAAGGAUCCCCGGGGCAGGGAGAUGGAGAGGGAGCUCGCUAGGAGACUUGGCCGCGGCCCGCCGGUGGUUCCAGCGGUGUUCAUCGGCGGGAACCUUGUCGGUGGCACCAAAAGGGUCAUGGAGAUGCACCUCGCCGGCGAGCUCGUGCCCAUGCUCAAGGCCGCCGGCGCGCUCUGGCUCUAGUGAGACAAUACUUGCAUGCUCGCUCAGUAUGCAAUGCUAGCCUUUUUGACAGUAUAUAUAGAAUAACAAGAGAUCUAACAGAUGAAAAGCCCAGGUUUUUUAAUAUCCUGUGCCGGCUCCAUGGGGAGAAGAGUUAAACUACCCAGCUAAUCAACGGCAAGAUAAUUCAAUACUACCCGGCCCCAACGGUAGUACGAUGUACCGUAAAAAAUCUCUUUAUUAAACACGCAUAUGCAUCAGCUGUCUUCUGGUAAUAAUAUCAUUCAUCUUUUGUAGCGCU